AUGCUAUACCCAACUGGGUAUGUAGUGCCCAAGUUUAUUAAGUUUGAUGGAAAACAAGGCAAUGCCAGAGAACACGUGGUGAGGUUCAUUGAAACUCUUGGUGUCCAUGGCAGUGACCACUCUCUACGCCUUCGGGAGUUCUCCAAAUCACUUACUGAGAGGGCAUACAGCUGGUAUGUGAACUUGGCUCCUAACUCGAUCAAGAGUUGGGAAGAGAUGGUGAACAAGUUCCACACGAAGUUUUUCCAAGUCCAAGAGAAAGUUACAACCCUCACACUUGGGCGAGAUGUCCAAAAAGAAGGCGAAGAUAUACUGGACUAUGUUAAACGGUUCCAAGAUAAAGCUAUUGACUGUCAUGAACCAGUGGAUGAAACCACUUACCAAAGCUACCUUCGUCGUAGCGGAGUUGCUGCGGUAACCUCUACAGGAGGGAGCCGCUUGCAAGGGGAGGCGUCAUCCUCUCGAAAGAGAAAGAGUUAUGAGGACAGAAAUCCAUAUCCUUGCAGCCUUGAGAAUGUUAAGGCCUUGGUUAAAGAAUGGGUAGCUAAUGGUGAACUUACUUUGCCUUUGGUUGAUGUCCCUCCAACGAAGAAGGACAAAGAAAGUCCAGAUUAUUGUAUCUAUCACAGAACCACCAGACACCCUACUAGGGAUUGUUGGACUUUGAAAAGUGUCUUGAAAAAGAAAGUUGACACAAAUGAGCUGAAGUUCAAAGAUGUCAGUAAUCGUGACGUAAAGAAGGACCCUUAUCCUAAUCACAAAGAGAAGGGAAGAAUGUUGGAAGCAACAAAGGCCUUCAUCAACAUUUUUGAAGUACACCAUGCCAAAGUUACUGAGGUCAAGAAGUAUGUGCCUCGGCGUAUCCAGGAAGAUUAUGAGGCCAUUACUUUUUCAGAAACAGACAGGGCAUACCCAUUUCCACAUAACCGUCAUCUUUUUGUCACAGCUUACAUUAAUGAUGUAAAGUUCAAGCGUGCUUUCCUUGAUUAUGGGGUGUCCAUAAACAUCAUCACUACUGACACCUUUGCAAAGGUUGGUAUCCUAGAGUACAGGAUGGUUUGCCAACCCAUCAUCGUGACGGGUUUUGGUGGUGAGAAAAAGGUUACUAAGGGCCAUGUUGUCGUGGAUUUAGCAGUUGGUGAGAUCCGUUCCGCAACUAAGUUCCAUGUGAUCGAAGCAGACACAAACUACCAUAUGAUACUUCGCAGAGCUUGGAUGCACCGAUAUGGGGCUAUCCCGUUAAGUUAUCACCAAUGCGUGAAGGCAAAGUUGGAAAAACGCACAGUAACCAUAAAUGAGUCUGAAAAGCCAUUUAAAGUGGAGGAAGUACACUAUUCGGAUGCAGUUUUCUUUAUUGACUUGUCAAUGGAUAAAAUAUCAAGGACUGGUAAAGUUGUAGGGGUAAAAUUGCUGAAGUAG